CGAUGAAUACAGAGGCAGAGCAGCAACUCCUCCAUCAUGCCAGGAACGGCCACGCCGAGGAGGUGAGGAAGCUGCUGGAAACCGUGGAGAAGAACGAAGCCGUUGCCGAUAUUAACUGCAAAGGAAGAAGUAAGUCUAACCUGGGCUGGGCCCCUCUGCACCUGGCCUGCUACUUUGGACAUAGACAAGUGGCCCAGGCCCUGCUAAAGGCGGGAGCAGAAGUGAACGUCCUGAACGACAUGGGCGACACGCCCCUUCACCGAGCAGCCUUCACGGGGCGAAAGGAGUUGGUAAUGCUUCUUUUAGAAUAUAACGCCGAUCCCACUGUUGUUAAUGGGAGUGGACAGAGAGCCAAAGAAGUCACUCAUGACAGAGAAAUCAGAAACAUGCUCGAAGCUGUAGAAAGAACUCAGCAAAGAAAGCUUGAAGAAUUACUUUUAGAAGCAGCAAGAGAAGGAAAAACAGCAGAACUCAUAGCUCUGCUCAACAGCCCCAACCCCCCCGACGUCAACUGCGCGGACCAGUUGGGGAACACGCCCCUGCACUGCGCGGCCUACCGGGCCCGGGGGCCCUGCGUGCUGGCCCUGCUGAAGAGUGGAGCCGACCCCAGCCUGCGGAACAGGAACGAUCAGAAGCCCCUGCACCUGGCCCAGGGCGCGGAAAAUAACGAGACGCGUUUCCCACAGGCCCUGUACCGAGCGCUGAGGCGGUUUGAAGGCCCCCUCUGGAAGAGCUCGCGGUUUUUCGGCUGGAGGCUGUUCUGGGUGGUGCUGGAGCACGGCGUCCUGUCCUGGUAUCGGAAGCAGCCUGACGCCGCCCGUAAGAUUUACCGCCAGGGGUGCAAACACCUCACGCAAGCCGUGUGCACGGUCAAGCCCAGUGACAGCUGCCUCUUCUCCGUUAAAUGCUUUGACGACACUGUUCACGGCUUCAAGGUCCCUCAGAACAGCCCUCCGCAGGCAAGAGAGGACUGGCUGCAGGCGAUUGAGGAGCACGCGGCCUACAGCACGCACUACUGCUCCCAGGACCAGGUGCCGGACGAGGAGGAGGAGGAGGCAGGCUCUGCUGGGGACCUGCGGGAGUCCUUGGAGAAAGCGCAGGCCUGCCGGCAGCGACUAGAUAGGGAACUCGCCGGCUUUCUCCAGAUGGUGGAGGAGUGCGACGUGGCUAAAGAGAUGCUUCCGUCCUUUCUUCAGAAAGUCGGCGUGGUCUCCGAGGCGUCGAGGGAGACCUGCGCGGCACUGAGCGACUGCCUCACGCUCCUCGCGAAGCAGGAAGGGGCGAGGAACUUCAAGUUGGAGCAGGAGCAGGAGAAAACCAAGAUCCUGUCGGAGGCCCUGGAGGCGCUGGCCACGGAGCACCAUGAGCUAGAGCAGUCGCUGGUGGCCGGCUCCCCGCCCAGUGUGCUCAGCGAGGACGAGUUCUACGAUGCUCUGUCAGAUUCCGAGUCCGAGCGGUCCCUGAGCCGGCUGGAGGCGGCGACCUCGUGCUCCCGUGAAGAGGAAGGACAGCGUCCGAUCCCCGGGAAACACAGGAUGUCCGAGGGCCAGGACUGCGGCGGGGGCGACGCGCUCUCCAACGGCAUCAAGAAGCACAGGACGAGCUUGCCGUCCCCCAUGUUCUCCAGGAACGACUUCAGCCGCGGAGAACGCCCCGCGCUCUGCCUGUGCUGUGACAACCUCUGCCUGGGCUGUGACGACCUCUGCAUGUGCUGUGACGACGACGGUCUGGUCCUGGGACAGCUCAUGGCACUGAGCGAGUGGCGGCUCCUCCUGGGCUGCGGGUCUAGUUCUGUGAAGGUCAUGUUGUCUUUAAUUGUGCCGGUUGGCGCGUUGUGGGCUCCGCGGGCACUGGCUGUGGGCUCCGCGGGCACUGGCUGUGUGGGCAGCGGUGACCCCACUCUCUCUGCGCAGGAGCUGUCCAAGAUCACCAUGCCCGUCAUCUUCAACGAGCCCCUGAGCUUCCUGCAGCGACUCACCGAGUACAUGGAGCACACGUACCUCAUCCAGAAGGCCAGCUCGCUCUCCGACCCCGCGGAGAGGAUGCAGUGUGUAGCCGCGUUCGCCGUGUCCGCGGUGGCCUCGCAGUGGGAGCGCACGGGGAAGCCCUUCAACCCGCUGCUGGGAGAGACGUACGAGCUGGUCCGAGAUGACCUUGGUUUCAGACUCAUCUCUGAGCAGGUCAGCCAUCACCCGCCCAUCAGCGCCUUCCAUGCUGAGGGGCUGAACAAUGACUUCGUCUUCCACGGCUCCAUCUACCCCAAACUCAAGUUCGGGGGCAAGAUGGUCGAAGCAGAGCCCAAAGGGACCAUCACCCUGGAGCUUCUCGAACACAAUGAGGCAUAUACGUGGACAAACCCGACCUGCUGUGUGCACAACAUCAUCGUGGGGAAGCUCUGGAUCGAGCAGUACGGCAACGUGGAAAUCACCAACCACAAGACCGGGGACAAAUGUGUGUUGAAUUUCAAGCCAUGUGGCCUUUUUGGGAAGGAAUUACACAAAGUUGAAGGCUACAUUCAAGAUAAAAGCAAAAAGAAGCUGUGUGCCCUCUAUGGGAAGUGGACUGAGUGUCUGUAUAGCGUCAACCCUGCCACGUUCGACGCCUUCAAAAAAAAUGACAAGAAAAACGCUGAAGAGAAGAAACACAGCAAACAGGUGAGCGCGUCUGAGGAGUCGGACGAGAUGCCGAUGCCCGAUUCUGAGAGCGUGUCUGUCAUCCCCGGGAGCGUCCUCCUGUGGCGGAUAGCCCCCCGGCCCCCCAACUCUGCGCAGAUGUACAACUUCACCAGCUUCGCCAUGGUGCUGAACGAGAUCGACAAGGACAUGGAGAGCGUGAUUCCCAAGACAGACUGCCGGCUGCGGCCCGACAUCAGGGCCAUGGAGAACGGGGAGAUCGAUCUCGCCAGUGAAGAGAAGAAACGCCUGGAGGAGAAGCAGAGAGCCGCGCGCAAGAACAGGUCCAGGUCGGAGGAGGACUGGAGGACCAGGUGGUUCCAUCAAGGCCCCAACCCCCACAACGGGGCCCAGGACUGGCUCUACUCCGGCAGCUACUGGGACAGAAACUACUCGAACUUGCCUGACAUUUAUUAAAGUGCAGACAAGUCAGGGCGUUGGGCUAAUCUACAAAUCCGUCUUAAACCUGUGUUUUUAAAUGUUUUUCUUUGGUUUCUACUCAUCUUUAAAAAAGAAAAAAGAAAAACCCCACUCAUCACUUGCAUUUCACCCCCAAAAAUAGGGCACAAGGUGACCCCGGUGAUGGGAGCCUCCCAGAAAAUGGGUCAUUUUGCUGCUGAAGGUGCUGAGUGGGGCGCUGUUGUGUACAGAGGGCAGAGGAACUGCGGGCGGGUGCUUUCCGCGGCUUCUCCGGCUCCGGAAGGCGGAUACCUGAAUGUAACUUCAGCUUUAUGAAAUUAUAUACCUACAUGUAACUUAGCUUUAUAAGAUUACAGAGUUAUUUUGGCUACUUUAUGCUGUAGGGCUUGAAUGUUUUAGAUGUGACUUCGAGAGGCAUCGACCUCUCCUGACACUGCUGGCCGCUCAGGUGCAGAGAGAGAGCUUGGGGCAGAGGCCGGUCCACCGGCCCCCAGCCCCUCCCUCCACACAGGCCGGGCCUGGGGAGCCACAGGGCGGCUCUGCCUUGAGGAUUCUAAUGAACGGACUGAAAGGCCUUUCGUUUGCUUCUUGCAGUGCUGUUUACUUUCACAAUCCUGUAACCAGCCGCUAGGAUUAAGAAGUGUUUAACUGUCCAUGUUCAAACUGAAAAUAUGUAUGAACUCUAGCACUUCACAGACAUGCCCUAGAAAUAGAGUUUAAUCACCGUUAUGACAUAAUGACUCGACUCGGCGGCCGCCGGGAAGUUCAGCCGCAUCCACCUGUGGACGGGCCCGUGCGCCCAGGUCUGCGGGGCCCUGUGCACCGGGGCCCCGGGGAGACGCGGCCCAGGAGCCUGGCCCUGCAUUUACGCCCGGGCGAGUGGCUGCUCCGGCCUCGGCGGCUGCAGUAAAUGAUUCUCGUUGCUGUCCUGACCUUAACAAGUGUUACGAUGAAAUAAUCUACCUGAUGCAAAAUAAAGGCUUUAGAGCGUC